UGUCUGGAGAGGGGAGCGAGGCAUUUUCAAAGUGCAGUCAGCUCAGUGUGUGUUUCUCUCUCUAGCUUUCUCUCUCCUCUCCACUGAGUCGAGAAGUGAAGAAGAUGCAGCAUUUCGUGGAUUUGCAGGAGAAUUCGGAGUUGUCUGAGACCAAUUCAUGGCUUUCAUCGAAAGAGCACUCGUUAGCGUCCGGUGCGGCGCCCAAUACCAAUUUGGAUCGCGUCCUGUUCAACGACCUCGUCGAUAUUGUCCCUCUCGUUCAGUCACUCAUCGAUCGUAAAGCGAGCCGUUCGUUCACGCGGCGUGGUUCCAUGAUCUACACCAAGACACCUGCAAGAGAAUCGUUGUCUAAAAGAGUAACGGAUACUAAAAGUAGGAAUGCUGCCCAAUCUACUCCUGCCAAAAAGAAAAGGGAUCAUGGAGAAAAAGAACAAGGAAAAAAUGGUGGCAAUGACACUGAUGCUUAUUCCACAUUUUCUUCAAGAGACAGUGAAGAGUUGAAUGUGUUGAAGGAGCAGGUAGAGGAACUUCAGAGGAAAUUGUUGGAGAAAGAUGAACUUUUAAAGUCAGCAGAAAACACAAGAGACCAGUUGAAUGCUUUUAAUGCAAAACUUGAUGAGCUGAAACACCAGGCUUCAGAAAAGGACACGUUACUGAAGUUUACGCAACAGCAGCUCUCUGAUGCUAAAAUUAAGCUCGCAGACAAGCAAGCUGCUCUUGAAAAGAUACAGUGGGAAGCGAUGACAUCCACCAAGAAAGUAGAGAAACUUCAAGAUGAGCUAGGUUCCAUGCAAGCGGAUAUUUCAUCAUUCACGUUAUUACUGGAAGGAUUAUCAAAAACUGACACUGCUAAAUACACCGACAAUUAUGAUGUGAAGCCUUAUGAUUUCAGUCCUCUGCCUAGUAUUGAUGAUUUGGACGAGAUGGAUUUACAGGAAAUGGAAGAAGCAAGAAAAGCUUAUAUGGCCGCUGUUGCUAUUACCAAGGAAAAACAAGACGAGGAAUCUAUUACGGCUGCUGCCAGUGCUAGGUUACAUCUUCAGUCACUUAUUUUCAAAUCCAAAGAUUUUAACCUGUAAGGUCACUAGUUUUAUUUGAUGUGUCUACACAUUAGGUCCCUUUAGUCAAAAUGGUCAGGCACUUAUCCUAUCUUAGGGAGAUUGAUUUGCUUACAAGCCUGUUUCUGAACAAAUAUUUAAAGUUGUGCCGUUUAUGUGAUGAAGUACUAAACGAGCAUGUUCAAUGAAGUGAAAACGAGCAUUCAGAAUAUCACCACACCAAUGGAUCGGAUUUUCAAAACCAGAGUUAAUCAUGACCUGAUUUGUUUUAGUUUCUUUAAAGUGGCAUUCUGCAAGUUUUCUUCUAGCAGCUGAUUCCCAUUGACAGUGGUUAUACACACACACACACACGUAUUGAUUUGUGGACCUUCCCUUUUUCACACCUGCGAGCUGCAACUCUUAUGGCUGACAAUGCCAAAGUAUUAAUGUAAAAUUUCAUUUUCUGCUCCCAA